AUGCAACUGCAAAAUGUCCAAUGGGAAACUGAUAAUAUUUAUUGGAUAACUAUUAGAGUUUAUUCCGAUACACAAAUUUCCAUAGACAAUUUAUUUUCCGCUUCGAUAAUUGGUGUUAAUUCCCCAGAUGGGUCUACCUUUGAAUUAUAUGAUAGAAAUUUGAAAGUUGCUAAUAUUGAUAACCCAACCGACUUUGAAGCUACUUUUAGAAUUUAUGCUGAUGUAGAUGGUUGUACUGCUACUUCCGGUUCUUUUCAAAUCCACUGGGGCUACUGUCAAGGUGUUUGCAGUGACACUGCACUAUGCAAAAGUUGGCCAUACGGUAAUACUAACUUUGAGUUGCAAGUUAGCUGUAAUGCUGAUAAUCAAAAUAAUGCACAAGGCGACUUUCCAGUUUUAUCUUGGAAUGUUGACUGUGCUGGAAGUUAUACGUCUUCCAAAACAACUUCUACUCUUACACCUACUUCCACCACUUCAAGUACUUCCACCACUUCAAGUACUUCCACCACUUCAAGUACUUCCACCACUUCAAGUACUUCCACCACUUCAAGUACUUCCACCACUUCAAGUACUUCUACCACUUCAAGUACUUCUACCACUUCCACUACUUCCACUACUUCCACCACUUCUCAAACUACCGAAGCUACUGCUAAUAUUGCAAGUUGUUUGGCCACGCCCAUUUGUCCAGACUACAACUUUAACUGGCAUAGUGAACAAGUUGGUUAUGAAAGAUAUUACAUGGAUAUCCUAGAUGUGGUUUGGGAACAAGAUAAUAUCUAUGAAAUAACUAUCCAUGUUUAUGCUGAAACGUCGAUUCCAAUAGCCGAUCUAUGGGAGUUAAAGGUUACUGGAUUGGAUUCACCAGAUGGUUCCACAUAUGUGGUAUAUAGCCACAAUGAGAACAUUUAUCUAAUUACUGAUCCUACCGAUUGGACUGCUAGUUUUAGAAUUUAUACAGAAGAUAGUGACUCUACUUCUGUAAUGCCAAAUUUCCAAAUUCAAUAUGACUACAGUACGGAUCCUGAAGGUCCCGGCAGUUUUGACUUACAGACCGGAUGUAAUGCUGAUAAUAAUGGGAAUUCACAAACAGAUUUUCCAGGAUACGAAUGGAGUAAAGAAUGUAGUGAGAAUGAAGCUAGUUCCUCUAGUUCCUCUGGUUCCUCUGGUUCCUCUGGUUCUUCUAGCUCCUCUAGUUCCUCCACUUUCUCCAAAUCUUUUGUUAGUACAUUUACUUCUGCAAUAUCCUCAGCUCCUUCCAAUAGCAUACCAAGCUCCUCGUACACUGUAUUAGCUUAUACUAGCACAUCAAACACAUCUGAAUCGUUUGUUUACCCAAGCAGUUCUUCUGCAUCGAGUGAUAUUAUAAUGAGCAGCACAUAUAGUUCUAUUGUCGAUCCAUUAACCUCAUCUGGAUCAAGUUAUUUGAAUCCAUCAGCAACAACUGAUCAAGGUAGUGCAUUUACAACUAUAUCUAUUUCCAGUAUGGUAUCUAGUCAAACCUACACUUCUGAUACACCAAUCACAUCUGAAUCGUUUGUUUACCCAAGCAGUUCUUCUGCAUCGAGUGAUGUUAUAAUGAGCAGCACAUAUAGUUCUAUUGUCGAUCCAUUAACCUCAUCUGGAUCAAGUUAUUUGAAUCCAUCAGCAACAACUGAUCAAGGUAGUGCAUUUACAACUAUAUCUAUUUCCAGUAUGGUAUCUAGUCAAACCUACACUUCUGAUACACCAAUCACAUCUGAAUCGUUUGUUUACCCAAGCAGUUCUUCUGCAUCGAGUGAUGUUAUAAUGAGUAGCACAUAUAGUUCUAUUGUUGAUCCACCAACAUCAUCUGUGUUGAGUUACUCUAGUACACCAAUCAGUUCUUCUGCAUCGAGUGAUGUUAUAAUGAGCAGCACAUAUAGUUCUAUCGUCGAUCCAUUAACCUCAUCUGGAUCAAGUUACUUGAAUCCAUCAGCAACAACUGAUCAAGGUAGUGCAUUUACAACUAUAUCUAUUUCCAGUACUGUAUCUAGUCAAUCCUACACUUUUAGUACACGAAUCAAAUCUGAAUCGUUUGUUUACCCAAGCAGUUCUUCUGUAUCUAGUGAUGUUAUAAUGAGUAGCACAUAUAGUUCUAUUGUUGAUUUACCAACAUCGUCUGUGUUGAGUUACUCUAAUACACCAAUCACAUCUGAAUCGUUUGUUUACCCAAGCAGUUCUUCUGCAUCGAGUGAUGUUAUAAUGAGCAGCACAUAUAGUUCUAUUGUCGAUCCAUUAACCUCAUCUGGAUCAAAUUACUUGAAUCCAUCAGCAACAACUGAUCAAGGUAGUGCAUUUACAACUAUAUCUAUUUCCAGUACUGUAUCUAGUCAAACCUACACUUCUGAUACACCAAUCACAUCUGAAUCGUUUGUUUACCCAAGCAGUUCUUCUGCAUCGAGUGAUGUUAUAAUGAGCAGCACAUAUAGUUCUAUUGUCGAUCCAUUAACCUCAUCUGGAUCAAGUUAUUUGAAUCCAUCAGCAACAACUGAUCAAGGUAGUGCAUUUACAACUAUAUCUAUUUCCAGUAUGGUAUCUAGUCAAACCUACACUUCUGAUACACCAAUCACAUCUGAAUCGUUUGUUUACCCAAGCAGUUCUUCUGCAUCGAGUGAUGUUAUAAUAAGUAGCACAUAUAGUUCUAUUGUUGAUCCACCAACAUCGUCUGUGUUGAGUUACUCUAGUACACCAAUCAGUUCUUCUGUAUCGAGUGAUGUUAUAAUGAGCAGCACAUAUAGUUCUAUUGUCGAUCCAUUAACCUCAUCUGGAUCAAGUUAUUUGAAUCCAUCAGCAACAACUGAUCAAGGUAGUGCAUUUACAACUAUAUCUAUUUCCAGUAUGGUAUCUAGUCAAACCUACACUUCUGAUACACCAAUCACAUCUGAAUCGUUUGUUUACCCAAGCAGUUCUUCUGCAUCGAGUGAUAUUAUAAUGAGUAGCACAUAUGGUUCUGUUGUCGAUCCAUUAACCUCAUCUGGAUCAGGUUACUUGAAUCCAUCAGCAACAACUGAUCAAGGUAGUGCAUUUACAACUAUAUCUAUUUCCAGUACUGUAUCUAGUCAAACCUACACUUCUGAUACACCAAUCACAUCUGAAUCGUUUGUUUACCCAAGCAGUUCUUCUGCAUCGAGUGAUGUUAUAAUAAGUAGCACAUAUAGUUCUAUUGUUGAUCCACCAACAUCGUCUGUGUUGAGUUACUCUAGUACACCAAUCAGUUCUUCUGUAUCGAGUGAUGUUAUAAUGAGCAGCACAUAUAGUUCUAUUGUCGAUCCAUUAACCUCAUCUGGAUCAAGUUAUUUGAAUCCAUCAGCAACAACUGAUCAAGGUAGUGCAUUUACAACUAUAUCUAUUUCCAGUAUGGUAUCUAGUCAAACCUACACUUCUGAUACACCAAUCACAUCUGAAUCGUUUGUUUACCCAAGCAGUUCUUCUGCAUCGAGUGAUGUUAUAAUGAGCAGCACAUAUAGUUCUAUUGUCGAUCCAUUAACCUCAUCUGGAUCAAGUUAUUUGAAUCCAUCAGCAACAACUGAUCAAGGUAGUGCAUUUACAACUAUAUCUAUUUCCAGUAUGGUAUCUAGUCAAACCUACACUUCUGAUACACCAAUCACAUCUGAAUCGUUUGUUUACCCAAGCAGUUCUUCUGCAUCGAGUGAUGUUAUAAUGAGCAGCACAUAUAGUUCUAUUGUCGAUCCAUUAACCUCAUCUGGAUCAAGUUAUUUGAAUCCAUCAGCAACAACUGAUCAAGGUAGUGCAUUUACAACUAUAUCUAUUUCCAGUACUGUAUCUAGUCAAUCCUACACUUUUAGUACACGAAUCAAAUCUGAAUCGUUUGUUUACCCAAGCAGUUCUUCUGUAUCUAGUGAUAUUAUAAUGAGUAGCACAUAUAGUUCUAUUGUUGAUCCACCAACAUCAUCUGUGUUGAGUUACUCUAGUACACCAAUCAGUUCUUCUGCAUCGAGUGAUGUUAUAAUGAGCAGCACAUAUAGUUCUGUUGUCGAUCCAUUAACCUCAUCUGGAUCAAGUUACUUGAAUCCAUCAGCAACAACUGAUCAAGGUAGUGCAUUUACAACUAUAUCUAUUUCCAGUAUGGUAUCUAGUCAAACCUACACUUCUGAUACACCAAUCACAUCUGAAUCAUUUGUUUACCCAAGCAGUUCUUCUGCAUCGAGUGAUGUUAUAAUGAGUAGCACAUAUAGUUCUGUUGUCGAUCCAUUAACCUCAUCUGGAUCAAGUUACUUGAAUCCAUCAGCAACAACUGAUCAAGGUAGUGCAUUUACAACUAUAUCUAUUUCCAGUACUGUAUCUAGUCAAACCUACACUUCUGAUACACCAAUCACAUCUGAAUCGUUUGUUUACCCAAGCAGUUCUUCUGCAUCGAGUGAUGUUAUAAUAAGUAGCACAUAUAGUUCUAUUGUUGAUCCACCAACAUCAUCUGUGUUGAGUUACUCUAGUACACCAAUCAGUUCUUCUGCAUCGAGUGAUGUUAUAAUGAGCAGCACAUAUAGUUCUAUUGUCGAUCCAUUAACCUCAUCUGUGUUGAGUUACUCUAAUACACCAAGCACAUCUGAAUCAUUUGUUUACCCAAGCAGUUCUUCUGCAUCGAGUGAUGUUAUAAUGAGUAGCACAUAUAGUUCUAUUGUUGAUCCACCAACAUCAUCUGUGUUGAGUUACUCUAGUACACCAAUCAGUUCUUCUGCAUCGAGUGAUGUUAUAAUGAGCAGCACAUAUAGUUCUAUUGUCGAUCCAUUAACCUCAUCUGUGUUGAGUUACUCUAAUACACCAAGCACAUCUGAAUCAUUUGUUUACCCAAGCAGUUCUUCUGCAUCGAGUGAUGUUAUAAUGAGUAGCACAUAUAGUUCUAUUGUUGAUCCACCAACAUCAUCUGUGUUGAGUUACUCUAGUACACCAAUCAGUUCUUCUGCAUCGAGUGAUGUUAUAAUGAGCAGCACAUAUAGUUCUAUUGUCGAUCCAUUAACCUCAUCUGGAUCAAAUUACUUGAAUCCAUCAGCAACAACUGAUCAAGGUAGUGCAUUUACAACUAUAUCUAUUUCCAGUAUGGUAUCUAGUCAAUCCUACACUUUUAGUACACGAAUCAAAUCUGAAUCAUUUGUUUAUUGGAGUAAUUCUUCUGUAUCUAGUGAUGUUAUAAUGAGCAGCACAUAUAGUUCUAUUGUCGAUCCAUUAACCUCAUCUGGAUCAAGUUAUUUGAAUCCAUCAGCAACAACUGAUCAAGGUAGUGCAUUUACAACUAUAUCUAUUUCCAGUAUGGUAUCUAGUCAAACCUACACUUCUGAUACACCAAUCACAUCUGAAUCGUUUGUUUACCCAAGCAGUUCUUCUGUAUCUAGUGAUAUUAUAAUGAGUAGCACAUAUAGUUCUAUUGUUGAUCCACCAACAUCGUCUGUGUUGAGUUACUCUAGUACACCAAUCAGUUCUUCUGUAUCGAGUGAUGUUAUAAUGAGCAGCACAUAUAGUUCUAUUGUCGAUCCAUUAACCUCAUCUGGAUCAAGUUAUUUGAAUCCAUCAGCAACAACUGAUCAAGGUAGUGCAUUUACAACUAUAUCUAUUUCCAGUAUGGUAUCUAGUCAAACCUACACUUCUGAUACACCAAUCACAUCUGAAUCGUUUGUUUACCCAAGCAGUUCUCCUGCAUCGAGUGAUGUUAUAAUGAGCAGCACAUAUAGUUCUGUUGUCGAUCCAUUAACCUCAUCUGUGUUGAGUUACUCUAAUACACCAAGCACAUCUGAAUCAUUUGUUUACCCAAGCAGUUCUUCUGCAUCGAGUGAUGUUAUAAUGAGUAGCACAUAUAGUUCUAUUGUUGAUUUACCAACAUCGUCUGUGUUGAGUUACUCUAGUACACCAAUCAGUUCUUCUGUAUCUAGUGAUGUUAUAAUGAGCAGCACAUAUAGUUCUAUUGUCGAUCCAUUAACCUCAUCUGGAUCAAGUUAUUUGAAUCCAUCAGCAACAACUGAUCAAGGUAGUGCAUUUACAACUAUAUCUAUUUCCAGUAUGGUAUCUAGUCAAACCUACACUUCUGAUACACCAAUCACAUCUGAAUCGUUUGUUUACCCAAGCAGUUCUUCUGCAUCGAGUGAUGUUAUAAUGAGCAGCACAUAUAGUUCUGUUGUCGAUCCAUUAACCUCAUCUGUGUUGAGUUACUCUAAUACACCAAUCAGUUCUUCUGCAUCGAGUGAUAUUAUAAUGAGCAGCACAUAUAGUUCUGUUGUCGAUCCAUUAACCUCAUCUGGAUCAAGUUACUUGAAUCCAUCAGCAACAACUGAUCAAGGUAGUGCAUUUACAACUAUAUCUAUUUCCAGUACAUUACCUAAUCAAUCCUAUUUUACCAGUAUGGAAACAGCUUCUACUUUUGUUCAUGUAUCAUAUUCGGAAUCAAUAUAUUUUGAUAGACAUUCAUCAUCUAUUUAUUUGAAACCCUCAUCUUCUUUGGACAAGAUUUCCACUGUAACUUCUAUUAUUGUUUCUAAACCAUCCAAUGUUGAUACUUCUGUUAUUAAUUCAAGUGCUUCUGUUACAUCGGAUAGAAUUUCUUUUGUCUCUGCUUCUAAUAUUGAGAAUAUCAAGACUAAUUCUAGAUCUAGCUCGGAUGCUACUGUUUCAGCUGUUGCUUAUCUUUCUUCUAUUGUUACAACUCCUGUCAUCCAUCAAUCUCUAGCUACUGCUACUGAAAAUGAAAUACCGGUUACUAAAUAUUUUUAUUCUUCUUUUAGUGCCAGUUUUACUACAUGCAAUGUUAUUGAAGGUACCUUUACAAUGUGCGAGGUUUCACAACACGCUACAUCCAUCCCAACCGCAACGAGUGUAGUGGUGCUUCCAUUCACUGAUAGUAACAUUGCUACAAAAUCCACAAUUGUUAGCGGUAACAACGCAAAUGCUCAACAAAACACCACUCUAGUUACGAAGAGAUCAACAAGUUCUACUAUUGUAAUUACUCCCACUACUUCUGUUUCUAGUUUUACUGGGAGCGCGUAUUCCAAGACAGCUACUGCCACAAACGUUUCAGUUCAGAUUCAAGAAGCUUCUGCUAAUAAGAAAAACGCCUCAAUUUUAUCUGUGUUGUUAUCUGCUAUUAUAUUAUUUAUUUAA